CUUCGUCAGUUCGUCUCAGUUCCUCGAUCUUUGCCGCUCGCUUAGUUACUUCGUCUCAGUUUGCGUCCGCCGCUCGCCACUUUGUCCGCCGCGCGCCUCUCUUUCUCUCUCAGUUGACGUCCACCGCUCGCGACCCACGUGGUAGUUUUGCUGAGCCGUGCAUCAGCCGCAGCCCUCUGUUCAUUUCAGUCCAGUCGCCAUUCAAGUCCCCCCAUCGUAUUCUUAUUCAUCUGGCGAGUUUCGACCGUGAGACUUACAGCGACCAGAAGUCCUUGCUUGUCACUUUGAAACCAUGAGCAUCCCAGUUAACCCAAAGCCAUUUUUGAACAAUUUAACUGGAAAGACUGUGGUUGUGAAACUCAAGUGGGGGAUGGAGUACAAAGGAUUUCUUGUCUCAGUGGACUCGUACAUGAACUUGCAGCUUGCCAAUACUGAGGAAUACAUCGACGGACAAUUUACGGGGAGUCUUGGAGAAAUAUUGAUCAGGUGUAACAAUGUUCUCUAUCUUCGCGGAGUACCAGAGGAUGAAGAGAUUGAAGAUGCCGAGCGUGACUAGCAUGUAAAAUUUUAGCAGCUCUUCAAUGUUGUGGUAGCAGUAAAGUAUUUAGCUUUCUAGUUUAGUUUCUUUCUUCUGUUGCUUAAUUUGUAUCUUGUUAUUGAUACGAUUUAUGCCAUCUUAAAGCUGAGGAACACUCUCUGCUUUGGUUGAUUUCAAACCUGCAUUACAACAAUCAUUUAGUUUCUGUUGUUGUGGUAGGGAGAUUGAAUGGUAGAAAAAGUAUUCAUGAAUUUGAAUAUAACAUCUAAGUUUUGUGUUA